AUGCCAACGUCCAGUGACUGGGUUGGUUUUGUCACGGAGCGCUGUGUUCAGAGUUUGAGGCCGCGGGAAGAAGAAAUGUCGUGGAAUUGGAACAGUCACGGGCUGCCCUUUCUACCUGGAUACAGCUUUCAGGAUGUAACGAAGUCUGCGUUCCACCGGCCCCAGACCCUGUCGUAUAAGAACGGAUACGCUCUGCCGUCCCGCCCCACCAUCGGCAUCGGACAGAGCCCCCUCAUCUCUGCUCAGCUCAGGCUGCAGGAGCUCGAGCAGCUCUCUCUCUAUGAACCAGACCAAUCCUAUGACCCCCACGACAAGUCCCACUCUCAGGACUUCAUCCCUGCUCAUGUGGCACUGGACAAGAAGGUGCUGCGUUUCUAUGGAUACUUCACAGAGGACAUCCUGUUCUCACUGGAAGAGCGUUCCCGGGUUCGUUCCGUGGUCAUUAACUACUUCCUGGAGGACGACACCAUGUGCAUCAUCGAGCCAGCGGUGAAGAACUCUGGGCUUUUACAGGGAAAACUCCUCAAACGCCAGCGCCUUCCCAAAAACGAGUUUGGAGAAUACUUCACCUGGACCGAUCUGAACGUGGCCAUGGACCUGCAGGUGUACAGCGUCAAGUACCGCAUCACAGAUUGCGACGCUUUCACUGAGGAGUUCCUGUCCAGUGAAGGCAUUGUUUUGAACGAGCCAGAGCCGAGGCCUUCAGACCCUUACAUUGCAAACAGGAACAAACCCGUGCCUAGCUUUACCACGCCCUCGGAGUACGACAGCAUCAAGCGCUUCCUCACCAUGGAUGGCAAGGUGCUGUGCUUCUUUGGCCUGUGGGACGACUCUCAGGACUUGUUCCCAGAAACACGGCCGGUCACCAUCCACUAUUACCUGGUGAACGACACGGUGGAGGUGAGGGAGGUGCACGAAGCCAACAGCGGCCGAGUCCCUGUCCCCAUCCUCAUGAAGAGGCAGCGGCUGCCAAAGAAGACCAAAGAACACAUAGGUAGCUUCCCCACUUGUGUCCUGGAGAUGUCCAAAGAUGAGGUAGAGGAAUACUAUUCUCCACAGGACUUCAAACUGGGCCAGAAGAUAACUUUAAUGGGGAGAAACUUCCUCCUGUGUGACUGCGACAACUACACUAAACAGUACUACCAGAGCAACUUCCCCGACAUGGAAAUGACGCCAGUGAAACCAACGCACCAGAAGCCCCCGCCAGCAGAAAAAAGCAAGGAGAUCCCGCCUUACAAUGGCUUUGGAACCCUGGAGGACUCUCUGCAGAACUGCCUGAGUCUGGUCCCAGAGCGUCCCAGAAAGAAUGUGUUGAAACAGCUGGAAAACAACAACAAGAUUCUGCGCUACCAAGCCAGACUGGAAUCCCAGAAUGAGAUUGAUGAAGGCCGGAUAUUUGUGAUUUCCUAUUACUUGGCUGAUGACAUGAUCAGCAUCCAUGAGAAGCCCACCCGGAACUCUGGGAUGAUGGGAGGGAAGUUCCUGCAGAAGGCGCGCAUCCCCAAACCUGGUUCCAGCUCAGACAGUCCACAGUUCUACUCCCCGGCAGACUUCGCUAUUGGCUCAGUAGUGGAGGUGUUCAGCCAUCGCUUUGUCCUGGUGGAUGCGGACCGCCAUGUGUUGACCUUCCUGGAGUCCAUCCAGAGCCAGGUGCCCACGAAGACACUGGAGUCUCUGAGGAGGAGGUUUGGACUGAGGCUGGAGCCCACACACACACAGGGUGAAGAAUCCAUUAUUGAACCGACAUCUUGA